CUGCUCCAGUCAGCUACGGGAGACGGGACACGCCAGUCGCUCCCGGCCGCCGCUCACAUAUCUGUACUCCGACACUGUGACGAACUCGUCUCGUGAACCGCGAUCCCGUCUCAGUUCUGUGUUUAUUCGCAAAGCCGAUUUGUUUGAUUGCUGAUUGGAUCUCAAAGGAUUUUGUGUUUCAUCAAAACUAUGGAUAUUGAGAUAACUUGAAACUUGCGAAAUAGAAAACAAAACAUCUAUUGACUGGAACACCUGAUGCACAAUGACAUUGAAAUGACGUCGGGUCACUAUGGGUAUUGUCACUCGAUUGUCCCGCCUGAAAUGCGGCGCAUAUUUCAUAUUAAUCAUCAUUCAUAUUCCGAUACUGCAAGGAGAAGAACAAUCGCAGUGUCCCAGCCUAGCAGAAAACCCAAUUUGUCCGUGCUAUAACUUCAAAGAAGGGUUAUUUUUGGAAUGCCCCAGUGCAACUCCCGGUGUUGUGAAAAAUGUGCUGUCAAAGAUAAAAGGAACAAUCCAAUCUUUAUCGAUAUAUGACCUAGAAAGUUCCACAACAGAGUUAAAAUCAGAACUGUUCCCGUCAAAAACAAAAAUAAACAAUUUACAAAUCUCACAAACGCACAUAAACAAAAUAAGUUCAAACGCAUUUACGUCGUUGCGUGAUUCGCUGGGGUCUUUGAGUAUAAUUUCCAGUAAAUUAAGCAAAAUUCCGCAUGAAUCAAUCAUUGAACUGUACAAUAUUGAGUCACUUGAUUUGCAACUCAACGACAUCAAAGAUAUUCAAGCAAACACUUUUGGAAACCUGAAGCUAAAGAAACUCAAUCUAAAAGGCAAUAAAAUAGCAAAUAUUUCCGAAAAUGCAUUUUACAAUCUGGAAGAAUCUUUAGUCGAAUUAGAUAUGACAGAAAAUUUCCUUAGCAUUUUUCCGCUACAAUCUUUGGGGAAAUUAAACAAGCUUAGUAAUUUGAGGUUGUCGUGGAACAAGAUAAAUUUGAUACCCGACGAUAUAAAUGCCACGAUCCCCAAUCUUGUGGCAUUAGACCUUAAUUCCAAUUAUUUUACGUCGAUAGGGAAAAACUGGUUCCGAAGUAUGCCCCAAUUAAAAACGCUCACAUUCUAUAGCAACCAAAUAGAAAAUAUUGAUGAAGAAGCAUUUUUCUCUCUACAAAAGCUAGAAACAGUGGAUUUAAGUAAAAAUAAAAUAAAAUAUUUGGCUAAGAAUAUUUUUCAAAAGAAUCGAAACAUGCAUACUGUAGAUUUAAGUCAUAAUCAUCUUCAUAACAUCAAAGGCGUGUUCUCAAAUCUUCAUCAACUCUCAGAGAUAUUCCUAUCGGAAAACAAUAUUCUCGAAAUACCUGAAGACGCCUUUGAAAAUGCAGUCAGUUUAACAGUUCUUAAUCUAGAACAUAAUGGUGUCCAAAGAUUACAUCCAAAUUGUUUUAUCUCGUUGAAAAAUUUAACUCAACUACAUAUGGGAACAAAUUUUUUGAAAAUUCUUCCACGUAGUAUUUUUCAGUCUAAUCGUAAAUUAGUUACUUUAAGUUUAGAUAAUAAUGAAAUUAACGAAUUAGACGAGUUGGUAUUCGACAAACUUGUGGAACUAAGAGAAAUUCGUUUACAAAAUAAUAAAUUAAGUCAUGUAAAAAGAAACGUAUUCAGCCCCUUGCCUGGACUUUUAGAGCUACAUUUGCAGAAUAAUAUGAUUCAAAAUAUAGAUUCUCAUGCAUUUAUUACUCUUAAAAGUUUACAGCACAUUAAUUUGCAAGGUAAUCGUUUGACUACUAUCGGAGACGUAUUUCCGAAUAGAAAUUCUUCAUUAGUUUCUAUACAAUUGGCUGCAAAUUAUUUAUCUUUAUUGAAAAACAGCUCUCUGCGUGGGCAAAUUAAUGUGCAAAUAAUGUGGCUAAGCCAAAAUAACAUUAAAGUAUUAACAUCUAAUUUGUUUAACGAUUUGUUAAACAUACAAAGGCUGUAUCUGAAAAAUAAUAGCAUUGUACAUAUAGAAAAUAGAACUUUUAUGCAUUUAAAAAAGAUAAAAUUCCUAGAUAUAAGUAAUAACAAGCUUAUAAAACUAAGUAAUGAAACAUUUUUUAAGCUCUUAACAUUAGAAGAACUGUAUUUACAAUGCAAUACUAUAAAUCAGGUUGCAAAAGACACUUUCCAAUAUCUGGCCAAGUUAAAAGUCCUUGAUUUAUCACAAAAUGAAAUAGUCAUAUUUGAUUUUGACAUUUCCUCCCUGCCCAUCAAACAACUCCGCCUAAAUAAGAACUUCAUUUCGACCAUUGAAGCUGAUUCCCUUAAAAGUUUGCCGAACCUCAGCCACUUAGAGAUUAACGAUAAUGUUUUGACCUCGCGGGAAAUCACUCAAAUUCAGAUACCUGGCCUUAAGUCAAUGACGAUAGCCAGGAACAAUUUUACUUUAUUAGAGAAUAAGACCUUUUCGCAUCUACCGUCGCUCCAGACUCUUUCGCUAGAAAUGUCGAACAUAUCUCAGUUACCUCCGACAAUUUUUAUAAAGAAUCAGAAUCUAUUACGUAUUAAUUUAGCUUCCAACAAUUUAAGAGAUCUACAUAAAGAUGUGUUUGCGUACACAACAAUAUUGCAGGAAUUGAAUUUGAGUGGAAACAAUUUCACGGAUUUUCCACAUGUUGCUUUGUUCAAUGUCACAUCAAUGGAAAUUUUAGACUUAUGUCACAAUCAACUGCAUAGUGUAGAUUUCUUUAAAUUCAUUGGUUUACAAAACCUAAGAACGUUAAACUUAUGUAACAAUCGGAUUUCUAUGUUAAACGGAUUCAAUUCUCCUGCCUUGAAAAAUCUCCUUACUUUAAAUUUAAGUAAAAACUUACUGACAGUUCUUCCUCCGAACUUUUUCCAACAUUCAUUGGGACUGAAAGAAAUAGAUUUGUCCCAUAACCUUUUCAAGUAUAUUCCUAGUAAUGGUCUGUCAGAAGCGGUUCUUCCCGCUUUAACAACGCUUAACCUAUCGUCUAACUCCUUAGUGCAAUUGUUGCAAACAUAUCCAUCGAAACUCUUUCCCCUUUUAGAGGAAUUGGUUGUUACAGAUACAAACCUAACCAUUAUUACAAGCAAAGAUUUCGAGAAUUUUCCGUCUCUUAAAAGAUUAUUGCUUAGUCAAAACUCCAUAAUUCGUUUAUCGCCCGGAGCUUUCUUGAAAUUACAUAACUUAGAAAUCCUCGAUUUAAGUCAAAAUAAAUUAGAAAAUAUUCCACGAGAAAGACUUCAAGGAUUAUAUUCAACACGCUUUUUAAACAUUUCCCAAAAUGCAAUCAGAGAAUUAGAAGAGUUCACAUCAGACUUACAGAGUUUGCAAAAAUUGGAUAUCUCCUACAACCACAUAACAAGAAUCAAUAGAGAUAUAUUUCGUGGUCUCCAAAGCUUGACAGAAUUAUAUUUGAAUGGAAAUUGGCUGUCAGCGGUAUCUUCAGACGCAUUCAAAAACUUGAACAAAAUAUCGUUUAUAGAUCUAAGUCACAAUUACUUCGAAGUAAUCCAAAUGAAAUUAUUAACAUCACUGGAAUCGCAAAUUAAAACUUUAAAUUUAGACGAAAAUCCUUUAACAUGUAAUUGCGAGUCUCAAGACGUCUGGCGAUGGAUGUUGGAUCAUAACAAAAUAGUGAAAAAGGGGACAAGCAAUCUACGAUGUGAUCAUCCAGAAGAGCUUCAUGGAAGUGUAUUUAUACAAUUACAACCACAGAAACUCUGCGAUGUACCAGUAAUUGUACGAGUGGCUAUACAAGACAUACAAACGUACUCCGUCAUCGUAUCUUGGCAGAGUCGGAACCAAUCUGGACUAUACGGCUACCAAGUGGCAUAUUUCCCUGAACAAAAUUCAAAUACGAUACGAGGAAAAAUACUGAAUGCCACCGCGAGGUCAACGAGGCUAAAUCAUUUGACACCAGGAUCGAGGUACACCAUUUGUGUUCUUGCUGUCGGAAACUUCGGAGUGUUAGCAUCGUCAGGCUCUUCCGUGCCUGAUGCCAGAAUUGCACCUCUACCAGAGAAUACUAACACGAAUAGCAUAUACGGAGACGAGCAAAUAAUGAACCACCUACGAUCGUACAUGAACGAUUCAAUGACAAGCAAAUGUGCUAGUGUGAGAACUAUAGAAAUAUUCGGAGCAGCUAUAGAUAGCCCGUUCUCUAACACAUACAUGGGGAUUGCUGACAUAUUGACAAGGCGGCUAAGCUUAGUCGUCGGAUGUUGUAUCGGAUUUAUAGUGUUUGUGGUGUUAGUGUCGGCUUUAGGGUACAUAAAAACUAAAAAACGUGAAGUGGUAGCUAAAGCCGAAGUACAACAGGCGCCUCAGUAUAUUUCGUAUGAUAAUUUUAAUACGCCCAACGUGGAAGUACAAACCACGGACAUGGACAUAAAUACCAUUACAGAUAAAACGAAGCCACAAUGCGAACACGAGUGAGCGAUAAUCUACCUUCCAUACACGUGGUUUAACUUGCAAACAUAAAGCGGUAAGGGAUCGGAUUUUUCCAAUUUGAUUCCCGUAUGAAUAAGAUGCCACUCAUGUUGGGACGGAGCCUUUUAUACCGUCAUCGUCUUGGAAACUUUUUGGGAAGUUUGGCAGACUGAAAUGAAUUAUUAUAACUAUGAGUUAUCAAUAACGAAAUGUGCGAUAAUCGGAAAAGUUUCAUGUCAUGAAAUAUUUUUUGCGUAAAAUGAGUUUCAUUUCGAUAUCUUCGCACAAAAAUGUCUGGGUUGUUUUAAUCCAUAUAUUAUAACAUAAAAUUGUUUAUUAAAAUAUUAUAAUAUUUAUUUAUUCAAAUAUAUAUACUUAAUGUUAUAGCGGAAUAUAUUUAGCCGAACAUUAGGUAACGUACUAACGAAUGAUUGUUCUCAGGACAGCCAGAAUAUUUUUCUCACGUUCAAGGAUCCUACACAAUACAAACAUUUCUUAAGAACUUUGUUAAAUUCGGUCUAAAAGAACUGAGUAUAAAUUGUAUUAAGUUAAGUAUUCUUUAAGCGUCUAUCAUUGAAUAGGGUUCUGCAAAUAGAGAAACUUCUCUUAUUCAUAAAGAUAUGGUUGUAAUUGAAUGAUAUAUGUGGAGUUACAAAAACGUAUUUGUUUUGUUUAAAGUUUGUUGAGACGUUUAACGUUACUACUUGUUUAUACAAGGAUAAACAUUCUAUUGUGAUUAUCAUAGAAUUACUUGUACAUUUUUAGAUUAAUAUGUAAUUGUAUGUUUUGUAAAUUAUUCUAAAGUAUUGCAAACUUGGUAUAAGAAUCGAUCAUCAUACAUCUUAUACGGUGUAGAAAGUAACAAAUGUUUAUACUCCAAGACAUUUAUAUAAUGUAAAACUAAUUGUGUAUUAAGGAAACGAAUAUCAGUCAUUUUAGUAUAAGUAAUGAAUGUACCAAUUUCUGUUCAUAUGUGUUUUAAAUUCAUCGCAAUCCAUUUGACAUUAUUGUAAAGACUGUAGCGUUGGUAAUAAAAAAUAAAACUUAA